CUUGCCCUCUAAAUAAACUUUCGAGCGUGUAGAGGGAGACCGCAGAGGGCUGAAGUCAUAAGAGAGCGAGUUGGAGUGGGGGAAUGAGUAUUGCACGCAAAACUGAAAAGAGAUGAAACUGCGCAGAUUAUUUUUGCUUUAACUGUCGAACAACGAGAAGUGCGCGACAAUCAAGUUGGUUCUCACCUCGUCGAAUCUUGGUACUUUAUUACAGUUAGGUGCUGCUGCUGCCAGUGACGCGCGCGGCUCCCAGUUUUUGUCUACUCUGUUAGAUGAUGGGGAUGACGCGAUGACCUCCUACACGCAGGGCACAAUAAAGUAGCCCUCACACCUGGACGCGCGGCGAACUUCGAGAGAGUAUCAGUGGAGGAUACAGGAAGACAACUGAAACUGUAUCAAUAUGCCAGCCUCGAUUAUAUGAUCUACGCUUUCUUUCUUUGAGUAUCUUAUUUUUCCCGCGGUGGAUGAUAAUCUAACGGUUUGGUUGUGGGAAUAUGCUCACUACGGAUACCUGAUUUGGUCUCGCUCUGUGGCACACAUGAGGAUUCUAUCAAGGAUGUUACUGUCUAAACGGCCCAGGUGUCAUUGGGCCAUCGUAAAUCAGACAUCACUCUCUGCGCAGAGCAGGGGAUUCUGCUCUUUCCAGGAAUAAGACAACACAUUCCCUCUCAUAAAAGUGGAAUCAAAGCUGCACUUUUCUGGAGGACAUUGACAUUGGCUAUUCAAGUCAUCAUCUCCGGGUUACUAUGCAAUUACAACUGAUCUCCUUUGUUUUGAUCUUGCACUGCAUGGAAUACACUGAUUGUCAGCAGCAACCCUCCAGGUAUCGGCAACAUAAACAGAACCCAGGGGUGAGCUCAGGGUGCCAGGGAGGCUGUCUGACCUGCUCUGAUUAUAAUGGCUGUCUGUCCUGUAAGCCCCGCCUCUUUAUCUUCCUGGAGAGAAAUGGGAUGAGGCAGAUGGGGGUGUGUCUGCCCUCCUGCCCCAGUGGUUUCUACGGCACCCGCUCACCAGACAGAAACACAUGCACAAAGUGCAGGCCGGAGUGUGAUUCUUGCUUCAAUAAGAACCUUUGCAUGCGGUGCCGAGCGGGGUACUAUCUCCACCUGGGCAAGUGUCAGGAGAGCUGCCCAGAGAGCCUGGUCUGCAGCGACACACAAAGGGAAUGUGUUCCCAAGUGUCCUGCGGACUGUGAUGCCUGUCUGAUCAAUGACACAUGUACGAGGUGCAGACCAGGCCUGUACCUGCUGCUGGGGAAGUGUCACCACGUCUGUCCAGAAGAGUUUGAACCAAACGACAAACUCAUGGAGUGUUCCCUUCAAGUGCACUGCGCGGUGGGUGAGUGGGGGGAGUGGAGCCCCUGCUCCCGGUCAGGGAAAACCUGUGGAUUUAAAUGGGGUGAGGAGACGAGGACCAGGGAAGUUGUCCAGUUCCCUUCCGCCUACGGAAAACUCUGUCCCCCCAUCUGGGAAAAGAAAGAGUGUGUCCUGAAGAGGAGGCGAUGUCCAGGGCAAGGUAAGGGGAGGAAGGGUGAGCGGCGGGGCGAAAGGAGAAAUCGUGACAACCGCCGGGACAAGGACAGCCAGGGGGAAGACCGGCGGGAGAGGAAGAAGGACAGAGAGAGGGAGAGAGGGGAGGCAGGUGACCGGGAGGACUCUGAGAACAGGAACAAGACAGAGCAAAGACGCCGGAGAGGCCAAAACAGAGACCCUGUUGUCUCACCUGAGGGAGGAGGUCCUACACAGUAACAGAGCCUGGAGGAGCCCUCUCACUCCACCCCCUCUUUGUCCCCCUCGCCCCCUCAACUCAUUGCUGAAGGGGUGCUGCUGCUACCUGUAUUAUUUAAAUAUAUACUGUAUAUGCACAAGAGAGAUCGGGUCACUCGAUCGGCCACUACAGACUCUAAGGACUUCUCCCCUACAUACCUACCUAUCUGCCCCCCUCCACCACACACCACUGAGAGGCCACCUCCCCCUUCCCGUCCUGUCCUCUAGUUUCACCAGACCAGAGAGACCCAAGAAUGCUGUUGAUUGGACGGGAAUGAACAAAACUGCUCUUGUGAUUGGAUGGGACUGUACAGAGAGGAGAGGAGUGAGACAUUGAAAUGUGACAGUAUGGGGAUGAUGAUGUGUUUGUCAUUGGGAGUCGGGACAAUGUAAAUGCUUGUUGAAUCGGUUAUUUAAAAGGCUCCCGCCCAGUUAAAAACAAACUUUGCGUCUUGGUUUCAAUGUAGGUUUAAUUUGUGACAUUAUGUAGAAUUGUUGUUGUUGUUGUCUUUAUGUUUUUGUUUGUUGUUUUUUGCUGAGUAAAUUAUCAUGGGAUAUCAGUAACAAAAAGACAGACAGUCAGAUGUGGUUGCUGCAUUCAGAUGUAUAGUAAACAUGAGACAAACUGACUGAAUUGAUUUUGUGACAGAAUGAGGACGGACCCCAGUGUUUUCCACCCAACUUAUUAUUGGUCACGUUUGUUCAGAAGCGUCCUGGACAAAGUGCUAGUUUGCCUGUCUGUGUAAGCAGGAUCUGUGCUUUCACUAAAGCCACCUAAGCAGAAAUCAAAAGCAUCUGUAUGUCAAAUAAACUAUAAUGGGUUUGUACUGGUCUUUGUUUUUCAUUUGUUAUCUUCGGGUAAUUCUAUGCCUGAAAAUAUUUUUGGUAUCUCAGAUUGUUCUGGCAACUGUCACAUGGAACCUUUAUUCAUGGGAAGGAUGUUUGGCUUUUUCAAUUUGUAUCACAAACCAUUUGGGGGAAAAUCAUGAUAAAAGUGGACAAUUUCUAAUAUAUAUAUAUAUAUAUAUUUCAGAAACAAGACACUCCAUAUUUUAGAGCACUCGAUAAGGAGUAUAAUGACACCACGAUGUUGUCUUUAUCAUGUACAGUUUGUGGAUCAUUGUACAGGGGACAUCUAUAGGUCUAAAAGGGACGAAUUGGCCACUCUCAUCCCACAAAAAUAGUUUGUGGUACAAAUCUAAAAAACAUAUCAAACAUCCUUACUCCCAUAUGAAGUUUCUAUGUGAAAAUAGCUAGAACAUUCGGAGAUAACCUAAAUAUUUUUGGGACAGGCUAGUAUGGAAUUGCGCCUUUAUUAUUUGUUAACUACAUCAAUAAACACUCUCUGGAGA